UUCCUCUUGAGCCAAGAAGCGCCUCUCGCAUCAAUGGAUUUGCGUAAAUGGGUUUGGAGAGUCUGCGCACUCGCUGGCUCGGUGAUCAUCCUCAGUGAGCAUUGUGAAGGUAAACUAAGCUGGGAGGUGCCUCGCUUUGACGGCUGGUACAACAGUUUGGCGCAUCCGGAGCGCGGAGCCGUCGGUGCUCAUCUAGUGCGCCUCGUGCCCGCGCGCUACUGGGAUGGAGUCUACCAACCUGUGCACGAGCCGGUGCAGCCGAACGCACGCGGGCUGAGCAGGUUGUUGUCCGGGGGAGCUUCCGGUUUGUCGUCGGCACGCAACCGGACCGUGCUGUCUUUGUUCUUCGGUUACCAUGUUGCCUUUGAAAUUUUCGAUGUAAGAACUCCUGGUUGUCCGCCUCAGUUCAUGAACAUCAAAGUCCCUAAAGGGGAUCCUGUCUUUGAUCCCAAUGCCACUGGGAAAGUGCGACUGCCUUUCCAGAGAGGACAAUGGGACAAACUGUCCGGCCAGAGUCCCAGCAACCCUCGAGCUCAGGUGAACUCUGUGACAGCGUGGAUAGACGGGAGCUCCAUAUAUGGUCCUUCCUCUUCCUGGUCUGACUUCUUGAGAAGUUUCUCUAGAGGACUCUUGAAUCGAGGUUCUGAGUGGAACAUGCCGAAUAAAGGAGGGGGUCGCAAUUUCAUGUGGAGCGCUCCUGAUCCCUCCACUGGAGAAUAUGGACCACAGGGACUUUAUGAGUUGGGAAAUGCAUGGGCCAACGAGAACUUGUUCACGGCAGCAGAGGGGAUUAUCUGGUUUCGCUACCACAAUUAUGUUGCCGCAAAGUUGCACAAGGAGAACCCGGAGUGGUCAGAUGAGAGGCUGUUUCAAAACGCCAGGAAGACCGUGGUCGCCACACUCCAGAACAUUGCUCUCUAUGAAUGGCUGCCAGGAUUCCUCGGAGACAGAAAACUCCCUCCUUAUCCAGGCUACCAGAAGUUUGUCGAUCCAGGCAUUUCUCCUGAGUUUCAAGCUGCUGCCAUGCGCUUUGGUAUGACUAUGGCGCCCCCUGGUGUCUACAUGAGAAACAAAACUUGUCAUUUUCGAAAGAUUACCAACAUCGAUGGCAGUAAAUCACCAGCAAUGCGUCUCUGUAACAGCUUCUGGAAGCGGCAGAGUGCCAACAUGAAGACAAGUCACGAUGUUGAUGAGCUUCUGAUGGGCAUGGCGUCUCAGAUUGCAGAAAAAGAAGACCACAUUGUUGUGGAGGACCUCAGAGACUUCAUGUAUGGACCGUUGAGGUUCAGCCGCACAGAUCUGGUGGCUUUGACCAUCCAGAGAGGGAGAGACUUCGGUCUGCAAAGUUACACAGAGACGAGAAGGGCUCUGGAUCUGCCUCCUGUAAAGAUGUUUGAAGAAAUUAAUCCUGAGCUCAGCAGCAGCAACCCGCAGCUGCUGCGCGACGUUGCGGAGCUGUACGGCGGAGACAUCUCGAAACUGGAGCUCUUUCCUGGAGGUUUGCUGGAGUCCACCGACGGACCCGGUCCGGUUUUCUCUGCCAUAAUCCUGGAUCAGUUUGAACGCGUCAGAAACGGAGACCGCUUCUGGUUUGAGAACAAGCAGAACGGUUUGUUUACUGAUGAGGAGAUCCAGACGAUUCGCAGUCUCACAUAUCGGGAUGUUCUCAUAGCAGUCACAAGCGCAGAGGAGACCGAUUUACAAAAAAACGUUUUCUUAUGGACGGAGGGUGACCCCUGUCCUCAGCCUGCGCAGCUGGAUGCAUCGAUGCUGCAUCCGUGCACCAACGUCACUAAACUGGAUUAUUUUGAUGGAAGCCACGCCGGCUUUGGCAUCGCCAUCAUUGUUAUGUGUCUCUUCCCUCUUGUGAGUUUUCUGGUGGCUUGUCUGGUGGCGUGCCUUCGGAAGUACAGGUACAAAAAGUUUCAGAGGAGAAAAGGAAAAGCAGGAAAUACAACAGAGGAGCCGACUCUGGGAAUCGCUGCGUACGAGUGGCAGGGUCGUAGAAAACCGCUGCAUCCAGUUAGUGUGGAGAUUGAAAACAGGAGGCUGCAGGUGUUGGACAGAUCUGGGGUCGCGCACCGCUCCCUCAGUCUGAGAAACCAGAACCACCUGAACAUCUUUCUUUCCAGCAGUCAUCACCAUAAAUCUCUCCUGCUCAAAGUGCCAAAAGAGUACGACCUGGUGCUGUUUUUUGAUGAUGAGAGCAAACGUUCAGAGUUUGUCAGCCACUUGCGCCUGGAGCUGGAAGACAUGAGGCAGGAGAUUAGAGUGAAGGAGAUGAGGGAGAGGGAGCUGCUGCAGGAGGCGCUGACCAAAGAGCAGAGGGCUCAGAUUGUGGAAACUUUCAUUCGCCAUGCUUUCUCCAAGGUUCUGGAAAUAGAGAAGUGUGAUGCUGGAGACAUGAGCAGCAUCUCCAGUAAGCGAGCCAGAGAGGUUCUGCAGUGCGAGCUGACAGCGUCAGAGUUUGCUGAGGCGCUCGGACUGAAACCGGACUCUUUAUUUGUGGACUCCAUGUUCACCCUGGCUGAUAAAGACGGAAACGGUUACCUCUCCUUUCAGGAGUUUCUUGAUGUCAUAGUCAUCUUUAUGAAAGGGUCUCCGGAGGAAAAAUCCCAGCUCAUGUUCUCCAUGAAUGACAUUGGUGGAACUGGCUACUUAUCGAAGGAGGAAUUCGCCAGGAUGCUCAGGUCUUUCAUUGAAAUCUCCAACGGCGUUCUGUCAAAGACACAGGCAGAGGACGGCAUCAAGGCCAUGAUGCAGGCGGCAGGGUUUGAUGACCAGGAGAAAAUCUCAUGGAGGGACUUUCACUCGCUCCUGAAGGACCAUGAGAGGGAGCUGCAGUUCGCGCAACUCAAUGUCAAAGGGAUGGAGAAUCAGGGGAAGAAACGCCUGAGUCGAGACCAGAGAGUGUCCUUCAUCCUUCCAGCAAACGGCAGUAGUAAAUCAGAUGGAGUGGAGCUACGAAGACGGAAAAAGUUAAGCGUUAAAGCCCCAACUGUUUAUGUGAAGCCGAAACGUGAGCAGUACAUCAGAAACCCUGUGCAGCAGAAAGUCCAGCAGUUCAAACGUUUCAUCGAGAACUACCGCCGCCACAUCGUUUGUUUCAUCGUCGUGUUUGGCAUCACAGCUGGUGUGAUCACUGAGAGAUGCUACUUCUACAGUUCUCAGGCUGAAGCCACCGGUGUGCCUGAAUCCACAGUGAUGGGCAUCAUAGUCGCUCGUGGCACAGCGGCUGGAAUCUCCUUCCUGUGUCCCUACAUCCUCCUCACCGUGUGUCGAAACCUCAUCACGCUGUUGAGAGAAACCUUCCUGAACCGCUACAUCCCCUUCGACGCCGCCAUCGACUUGCACCGUAUCAUGGCCAUGACGGCCAUCGUCCUCUCAGUUGCUCACAGUUUGGGCCAUGUGGUCAACAUCUACAUGUUUUCCAUCAGCGACCUCAGCAUCCUUUCCUGCCUGUUCCCAAACGUCAUUGUCAACAAUGGGUCUGAAAUCCCUCCUAAGUGGUACUGGUGGUUCUUUCAGACAGUUCCAGGAAUCACCGGCGUCCUGCUUCUCUUUGCCUUUGCAUUCAUGUACGUUUUUGCCUCCCACUACUUUCGUCGCAUCAGUUUUCGUGGGUUUUGGAUCACUCAUUACCUCUACGUUGUUGUGUACAUUCUGACGGUCAUACACGGCAGCUACGCUCUGCUCCAGGAGCCUCGUUUCCACGUCUACCUGAUUCCGCCCAGCCUGCUCUUCCUGCUGGACAAACUGAUCAGCCUGAGCAGGAAAAUGUUGGAGAUCCCUGUUCUCAGAGCAGAGCUGCUGCCUUCAGGCGUGACACAUCUGGAGUUCAAGCGUCCCCCGGGCUUCGUGUACCGUUCAGGCCAGUGGGUUCGGGUCGCCUGCUUGGUGCUGGGCACAGACGAAUACCACCCAUUCACUCUGACUUCAGCCCCUCAUGAGGAGAACCUGAGCCUGCACAUCCGGGCCGUGGGUCCCUGGACCAGUCGGCUCAGAGAGCUCUACACUGAGGAGAGCCUCCUGGAGUUUGGUUCCUAUCCAAAACUCUACUUGGAUGGACCGUUCGGCGAAGGCCAUCAGGAGUGGAACGACUUUGAGGUGUCUGUUCUAGUGGGAGGAGGAAUCGGCGUCACACCGUUCACCUCCAUCCUCAAGGACCUGGUGUUCAAGUCCUCCAUCAAGUCCAAGAUUCUGUGUAAAAAGGUUUAUUUCAUCUGGGUGACCCGAACGCAGCGCCAGUUUGAGUGGGUCUCAGACAUCAUCAGGGAGGUGGAGGAAAUGGACACUCAGGAGCUGGUCUCCGUCCACACGUACAUCACCCAGGUGGCCGAGAAGUUCGACCUGCGCACCACCAUGCUGUACGUGUGUGAGCGCCACUUUCAGAAGGUGUGGAACCGCAGCCUCUUCACCGGCCUGCGCUCCGUCACUCACUUUGGUCGUCCGCCCUUCGUCUCCUUCUUCAGCUCCUUGCAGGAAGUUCACCCUGAGGUCGGUAAAAUCGGUGUGUUCAGCUGCGGACCGCCUGGACUGACCAAGAACGUGGAGAAAGCGUGUCAGAAGAUGAACAAGAGAGAUCAGGCCUAUUUCAUGCAUCACUAUGAAAACUUCUGAUCAGUCCUGAGCUUUGAGUUACAGAAACAACACUAUUAAUAAUUAACAAUAUGUCAGCAAAAAUGCUACAUCCAUUGCAGUAAGUUUUUGUUUUUUUGGCUUGAAGUUUAUUUUAAUCCACCUAAUUAAACAUGUUUUCUUUGCAGCUUUGUUCUCUAAUCAGAAACAAAAAUCAUACAUUGAUUGCAAUCAGGAGCAGGAAUGUUUAACUUGUUCAAAGUCAUAGGAAUGCAUUUUAUUUUCAUAAUUCCCUUUCUUUAUUCAUGACCACUGUAAAAAAUACAAAAUACCAAGUAUUACUUAUCUAGUCAUAUCUUAGCACGCUUAAAAUAAGACAAAACUAACUUGCAAGUAACGUUUCAGCAAGAUAUGAGAACUUGUUUAAGGCCAA